AUGAUUCCUCGAACAGGAGACGCAUACGAAAGAGCAAUACAACAGCUCAAGAACCAGUACGAAGACCCCAAAAGAAUUACCAUACAAAUGAUCCGUCAGCUUAAAUCAAUGAAAGUAUGUCAUGAUGACCCACGAACCCUACGAAACAACUUAAGCGAUAUACAAGCCAUAAUAGCCAUAAUAGCCACAAUACAAAAACAAGGAGAAGUAGUAGAUUCAACCUACAUGACAACAAUGGUACUCGAAACAUUCCCUAGAAAUAUUCAAGAAGAGAUCGCGCGAAAAGAAUUUGACAACGGUACAGAGUGGACUAUGAACGACCUUAUUGACAACCUGACAAACAUUAUCAAACGUAAAGAACAUAUCGAGAGUCGUACCGAACACAUUCGUAAACAACACACUCUCCUCUACACACGAACCGAACGAAUCGCUUCCACUCCGUUGCAUUGGAUGUGGUCGCUCUCAUAA